UCUCGCUCUCUCGCUCUCUCUCUCUCUCGCUGAGCAGGGUGACAGCAGGGUUUAGGAGGUUAGUAACAUUAUGCUUUCUACUGGGGCUGAAACAUAAUUUACAUAUCUGUGUUUGUUUGCUGAACUGGGGUAUUUACAGUAUGUUAUGCUAAUGUAGCGUUCCACUUUAUAGCGAGGUUUGCGCGUGCAAAGAUGUGAGACAGACCCGCCCUUCUCCUGGUGUGGAACCAAACUGCCCCGUCUCUCCUCCCUCGGCUACAGGAUAUAUAUGCUUUCUCUCCUCGCACGACUGCCAGCUGUGUAGUAGCCUACUGUCCACAUACAGCGGAGGUCUGAAGGCUACACACAGCAUCACUGGUCAGACAGCAUCACAGCGAAAUUGAUCAGUCCUUGUUCUUGGUUUCCAUGCACUGAACGUUAUAAUAACCAGAAACUAGUUUUGAGGACAAAAUAACAGUUUCGUAGACUUACUUUUAUAUCUAGAUAGAUAUUUGUUAGAUUAUUUUUUUACAAUGGAAGGAAACAGUAAAUUCAUCAGCCCCUUUCACAGACCACGGUGUCUGGCGGCUGCAGCACCUGGAGGAAAAGCCAAAUUAACUCACCCAGGGAAGGCGAUUUUGGCAGGUGGUAUAGCAGGGGGUAUAGAGAUCUGUAUCACCUUCCCUACUGAGUAUGUGAAGACUCAGCUACAGUUGGACGAGAAGGCCAACCCUCCCAAAUACAGGGGCAUCGGUGACUGUGUAAAGCAGACGGUACAGGGUCAUGGGGUGAGAGGACUGUACAGAGGACUCAGCUCACUGCUCUAUGGAUCCAUACCCAAAUCAGCUGUCAGGUUUGGUGUGUUUGAGUAUCUCAGUAACCAUGCCCGUGACGAGGCAGGGAAGUUGAACAGCACCAGGGGUCUGCUAUGUGGGCUUGGUGCUGGAGUCAUGGAGGCUGUAGUCAUAGUCUGUCCCAUGGAGACUGUCAAGGUUAAAUUCAUCCACGACCAGUCUUCAGCCAACCCCAAAUACAGAGGCUUCUACCAUGGAGUCAGGGAGAUCAUCAGAACCCAAGGUAUUAGGGGGACGUACCAGGGCCUGACGGCCACCGUCCUGAAGCAGGGCUCCAACCAGGCCAUCCGAUUCUACGUCAUGACCUCCCUCAGGAACUGGUACAAAGGGGAUAACACCAAUAAGGCCAUUAACCCCAUGGUGACGGGAACGUUUGGAGCCAUCGCAGGAGCAGCCAGCGUGUUCGGGAACACCCCCCUAGAUGUCAUCAAGACCAGGAUGCAGGGUCUGGAGGCUCAUAAGUAUAAGAGUACGCUGGACUGUGCCUUGAAGAUCAUGAGACACGAGGGUGUACGAGCGUUCUAUAAGGGGACGGUUCCUCGGCUGGGUCGUGUGUGUCUGGAUGUGGCCAUCGUCUUCAUCAUCUAUGAGGAGGUGGUCAAGGUUCUCAACACGGUCUGGAAGACGGAGUGAGGGGGCAGGGCUUGAGCCACCUCUGACCACACUGGGCCAAACAGGAUGUGACUGGACAACUGAGCUUUCUACCAGUCUACGUCUCAAAUGAGACCUUAUUCCAUAUAUACAGUGGUGCGCUACUUUUGACCCAUCAGGCUCUGGUCAAAAGUAGGGUAUUGUGUAGGGAAUAGAGUGCCAUUUCAGACGCAGCCUACCCAUAACUGUACUCACCGGCUGAGCUGUAGGCGGAGUGAAAGUUGUCAUAUGAAUAAUAUUUGGAUGCAGUGGUCACAAACCCUGGUCCUGGAGAGCUACAAAGUGUACAGGCUUCUGUUCCAUCCCUGCACUAACACAACAGAUUCUUUCAAACAAGGCCUCCAUGAGUUGAAUGAGGUGUAGUGCUAAACUGGGACAAAAUCCUGCACGUAAUGUCACUCUCCAGGACCUGGACUGAAGAACACCAAAAUAUGUUUUUUUUUUAUACACUGCUCAAAAAAAUAAAGGGAACACUUAAACAACACAU